GGUGGACACCCUCUCUAUUUUUAAGACCAGGCUUAAAACCUUCCUUUUUGUAGAAAAAAUAUUUAAAGUUUUUUUUUUUAAUUAAUUACCAACAUCGUUUCCUCUACUGGGUUGUGCCACUCUUCUCUAUAAAUUUCUUCGUCUAAUCCUCCUGAUGGCACUUCGACGCUUUGUUUACGCUCACAGCUACUCGAACAGUCAUGAGGACCAUCGGCUGGAAUAUUCUCACUUUUGCCUUUGCCCUGACCUCAGCUCAGGGACCAAAGGAAUGCUCCUCUCCGCUGGAAUAUCCAAACAUCAGACUGUCCAGCAGAUACAGCAGCAGGAACAAGUUCAGCAGCGGAGACAAAGUUUAUUAUAACUGCGCAGAAGAUUACACUCCAUCCACAGGCAGUCGAGCUGUGGAGUGUAAAGGAGGAACCUGGACCAGACUCACUCUGAAGUGCGACAAGAAGUCCUGUGGAUAUGCUGGUGAUCUACUCCAUGGGCAGCUCCACUAUGAGGGGAAUUCAUACCUUGGGGAGAAAGUUUAUGCUACAUGCAAUGAGGGAUACACUCUGAAAGGACAGAACUACAUGAUUUGCCAGGCGUCUGGGUGGACCGGUGAAUUCCCAACUUGUGAAGAGGGAGAGACCACCUGCUCCACUCCAGCAGUCACCAACUCUGUACACAGAGCUGGAGGCGUUUCUGAGUACCAGGUCGGAGAAACCAUGAGCUUCGCCUGCCAGCAGGGUUUCCGUCUGGAUGGAGCUCAGCAGAUCACGUGUGGCUCCGAUGGCCAGUGGCAGCCUCAACCUCCUAAAUGUCUUCCUUCCCCUGAUAAAACUCAGCCUGCUGAAAGUGCAUGUGGUGUGCCACAAAAUGUCCAGAACUCCAACGCCAACCUUGCAGACAAAUACAUCACCAUGACAUCUUUUCCCUCCAGUGCCAAAGUCUAUUACGUGUGUGAUGUUGGAUACACUCCAGUAGGAGGCAGCAGGGUUCGCAUAUGUAAGAAUGGAAAGUGGACACCACUGAGGCUGAACUGUGAACGGAAGCCUUGUGGUUCUGCAGGAGAGAUUGUAAAUGGACGCUUUGUUUAUUCUGGAGUAGAGUUUGGAGACACUGCCACAGCCGUCUGUGAUGAGGGGUACAUUCUUGUAGGAGAAGUAAGAAGAAACUGCAUGAGUAACGGCUGGGAUGGACGUAUUCCUGUUUGUGAAGCUGUGGAUUGUGAUGACCCACCAGUGGUGAAGAAUGCAGAAAUGAAAGGCCCUCAGGAGCCACCUUACAACUACAGGACUGUGAUUAGCUACCAGUGUCGUGUGGGAACCCUCAUUGGGCAAAAGGAGAUUUGGUGCACCAAGAAUGGGACGUGGAGCACACCUCCAGAAUGCCACGAAAUUACAUGUCCACCGCCAAAUGUGACCAAUGCCUUCUGGAUGAGAGCUCAGAAUCAGUUCUUCCGGCACCAGGACACCAUAUUAAUCGAGUGUAGACGUGGCUUCAUGAUGAAGGGACCGAACUCCAUUACUUGUAAUAAUGAAGGCCAGUGGAUCCCCCGUCUACCUGAGUGUCGACGCAGACCACGUCGUCAGCCAUACAGGAGGGGAUAAAAUGCCAGCUGAAACAUGGCAGCACUAUAUUCAGUCAAUCCUGAUGAAACUAUUCAACAGCAACAAGUGGAGGAUGAAAAUAAUCUGAUUGUCUCUAAACUAACAAUAGAUUCCUUCCAAAAUGACUAUUCUUAAAAAAAAAAAAAACCUUUAAUAAUGCACUGUGAUAUAUUACGCCUCUACAACCUGUAUAUCAUCAUUAUAUCAUAAUACAGACAUUAAAAUAUGUUUGAGAUGAA